AUGGCAAGACGGCAACCUCUUUAUAUUUACCUCAACAGGGGCGUGCCCCAUUCUGUUGACGAUGCUCUCGCUUUGAAUGAGGUUCGACUGUUUGAACAAUGCAACAUUGCUGGCAGCGCUCUGCCCUGUGGCCUUGAGGUUAUCAUGCCGCCACAAGCGAAGCCUAUCAAGUCUCGAAAAGUACGUCCCGCGAGAGCGGCUGCGGAGACAUCAACUCGGAAGUCGAUGACAUCAAAGGUGCCUUGUAAAUGUGGCCGUUACAUCUCCCUUUUCAGCCCUCAAAGCCAGAGGAGCUUGUCAGACCGGCUCAUGGCUUUACAACAAGCCCCGGGAGGUGAUCCAUAA